AUGUUACCUCCGGCGAGAUCACCAGGACUAGGCCAUUCUGUGUCACCAUCCAUGGGUUCGUCGGCAAGGGACAAUUAUACGACAGGGACGCCUGGCGUGCAUAGAUAUCCCAACGCCUUGUCCCCUCGAGCUGACCUUUCCCGGUACAAUUCCCAACCUGACACUCCUAGGAGUGUGCUUGCCACCACCAUGCCGUUGACCUACAACGGUGCUUACCACGCGAGCACCUAUGCGACGCCCUCAGGCUCACCCGAGACGCCGCCUUUCAACGCACAGGAGACAUGGGGCAACAUCACUUGCGAAGGCUCGACAGUGACACCCAAUAUCGACGCCAAGAUCGAGAAGGGCUUCUUCUACUCCGGUGAUCGAGUAUGGACAUGCUACCGCAGGAACUAUUUCGCUGUCAACGUGUCGUUCCAGCUUACGCCCUGGAUCGCAAACGCCCGUAUGUACCUCGAGCAGACAGGCAAACCACCGGAGCAAAUACAGUCCAUGGCAGUAUCUCUUGCAGCGGCUGUGGACGGCUCCACAGGCAAGACUAUCGAGCUGAUCCAGCACACACCUAAGCGUGACAAAGGCCCGCAGCUCGCGAUGAAGAAGGAACUACUGGCCCCAACACCACCGGGAAAGAGCCAUGAGCAUGGUGGAUAUGGGCUGAGUAACUUUCACCAAACCUCAACCGUGCCGGGUCCUCAGCUACCAUUGCAGAGCGAAAGCGACUCGUCGCAACAAUAUUCCCCAGCGAGCCAUGCCAGUAGCAACUACCAGCAUUCAUUCGAACGCAUCCAGUUCAAGUCGGCAACGGCGAAUAAUGGCAAGCGUCGCGCUCAACAACAGUACUACCAUCUGAUUGUCGAGUUGUGGGCGAACGUGCAAACUCCACGAGAAUCCGAGCCCCGUUGGGUCAAGAUCGCAGCCCGGCUGUCGUCUCCCGUCGUUGUCCGUGGCAGGUCACCUAGCCAUUACCAGAACGAGGGUCCACACAAUGCUGGUACCCCAAGAGGCGCGCCUGGGUCUGGCCUCGGUGGAGGCGGUCAUCAUGGGCUGGGAUCAAGUGGCCAACCUUCCUAUCCGGCCUGGAGGAACGGUAUGUCGGGCGGUGGUGCGACUGGAAUGGGCGGCAGCAUGUAUCGUGGUAACACGUACUCGCUAGACCCAAGUCCCGUCGGCAGUCAUUCGGUCAGCUCAGCAAGUUCUCUGAGUGGAGGUCCGGUCGAAGGCGUUAGCGGCGAACAGCACAUGGUCGAAGACGACGAUGCGAAGAUGAUGGAUGCCCCUCAGGACUAUUCUUAUUAUCCUGCGUCCAUCUACGAGACUAUCCCUACUAAGCUUGAAAGUACUCUACCGCCACCCGAUCGCAGGAUCAAGGAUGAGUAUCCAACUGCUGGCUGGCACAUCGGAGGCUGUGGAAGAUUCCAAGGCAUGGAGAGCAGUCGCGGAUACUAUCCCGACGUACAAGCACAUACUUAUUGA